AUGCAGCUGGAGGACUGGCUGGAUGACCUUUGUGUCCGUUUCAUCAUUAAUCUGCCACCGGAGGAGCUCGAGUCUGUGGAGCGCAUCUGCUUCCAGGUCGAGGAAGCACAAUGGUUCUACGAAGACUUCAUCAGACCUCUUGACCCUUCCUUGCCUUCUCUUUCUCUGCGCGCUUUCAGCCUACGCAUCUUUCAACACUGUCCGCUGUUCUCGCAAUGGUCGGCCCAGCACCAUACCACUGCCUUCGCCGAGUUCCUGGCAUACAAAUCCCGCGUGCCUGUUCGCGGAGCUAUCUUACUGAGUGAGGCUAUGGAUGAGGUUGUGCUCGUGAAAGGCUGGAAAAAGAGUGCAAAUUGGAGCUUCCCCCGUGGCAAGAUCAACAAAGACGAGAAUGACCUCGACUGCGCAGUACGCGAAGUUUACGAAGAGACUGGGUUUGAUGCCCGUGAGGCUGGGCUUGUGAAAGACGAGAAGGACAUGAAAUAUAUUGAAGUGACGAUGAGAGAGCAACAUAUGAGGCUGUAUGUCUUCCGAGGAGUACCAAGGGACACCCAUUUCGAAGCGAAAACACGGAAGGAAAUCAGUAAGAUUGAGUGGUACAAGCUGACGGAUCUACCGACGUUGAAGAAGAGUCGACAGCAUGAAGGCAGCGGCACGGAUCACGCAUCCCUCAAUGCGAACAAGUUCUAUAUGGUGGCUCCAUUUUUGAAUCCACUCAAGAAAUGGAUUGCCCAGCAACGGAAGAAGGAGAAUCGAUACAGCUCACACCUUGCAGCUCCCCCGAUGGUUCCGGAGGAUGUGACCAUGGAAGAAGAACGAGACACUGAUGAUGUUGGGGCACGACUGACCGAAGCAGCGGCGACGGCCAUCAGCGAUCUCCCAGAGGUUUCUGCUUCGUCUUCGGUCGACCCGACCUCGCAUCUGAAGGAGAUGCUCAAUAUUGGAUCACAACCUAUCCAGCAGCAAACGUUGCUGCGACCAAGCCAUAUGCCACAGAUUGACACCCAAAAGUCCAACGCCCUUCUGGCUCUGUUACGAGGAAAGAUCCAAGAUCAGUCGCGUGCUAUGCCCCAGACUCCUGUAGAACAGAUCUCUGCGCCGCCUGAGGUUCAACGCUCGCCACAUACAUCCCAUGUACGACAACCACAGAUUGAUCAAGCUCGGCCGCCGCCACCGUUCCCGCAACAAUAUCCUCAUCUGCGGCCUGAAGUCCAGUCUGCCUUUUCAGGACCGCGAGAAGCCGCCGUCUAUCCCUUGACGGCAAUUGACCCGGGACAACCGCCUCCACAGGUCGCACCAUAUCAGAGAACCGGUGAUCCGUUAUCCAUGGGGCAGGAAGCAUCACACUUCCGUUCAGCCCCAGUACCUCCGGCCAGUGCACUGCCUAAGUUGACCAGUCAUACCAAGGCCCUGUUGGACGUCUUCAAACACGCAACAAGCACACCGCAUCAACCCAUGGCCCUUAGUACAGUGCAAAGGUCAAGUGCUCCUCCUGGAAUCGACACAAUGCGGCAGUCUGAAAUACAAAUACAAGGCCCCCUUGAUCGGCGCGAAAGCGGCCAAACUAUGAAGGCCUCUAGCAAAGACUUUGUUUCUUCUGAGUCGAACCCAGUCCUCGGGCCAUCUCCAACUACGGGUCUGGAGGAUCAAGUCUCGUCGCUACUGUCCUCCAGACGGCCCCAAGACGCGCAGAGAACAUCUCUCCUUGAGCUUUUCAACCAACCAUCGCCACCGAAGAUGGUGCAUGCUAGCGCUGAGCCUGCCGCGCCCGUCGAGCUCGCAGCGACAGCACCCCAAACUCUUCCUGAGAAGCCAAAAGCGAACAAAGAUGAUCUCCUUCUGUCUCUACUCAGACAAAGCAGUCGGGUUGCAUCUGCGAAAGCUGACGAAGCAAAGAGAGCGGCGCCGAGAGAGGGUGAGACCGCCGCGACAGUCAGUGGACCAUUGAAUCAGCCCGUGUUUGAAGUUGUACCAAGGAGUACGAAGCAUGCGAGCAACGAGACGGGCCGGAGCCGACUCACUGCCCCUCGGACCCUCUACGACCCUAACGCGCCGGCACCGGUGAAGAUUUUGACACGAUCUGAGGAGAGCCGCCCGCAGCCUCCACGGUCACCAAGGAGCAUCAAACCAGCGUCGAAACGAGCAGUGAGGGAAAAGGCCGCUCCGAAGGAGCAGACAAAGCCCUUUCAACCUCAAAUUCUCCGUCGACCGCAGACUGCCGAUAGUGCUGCUCCUGGUGUGCCUCCACCAGUCGGCGAAGCGGCGGCUCAGCCACUUCCUGCGACUUCCAAUAUGCCUUCCGCGGCUGUCUCCAACGCCGAUAUGGGCGGGAGAUUGGUGCCGAGCAGGAAAUCAUCGCAGACUGAUGCGCAGAAGCAAACCCUUCUGUCGCUUUUCGGAGGGCAGGUGGAGGCGGCGCCCAAUGUAACAACGCCGCAACCGAGUCCCGGAGUGGUGUCGCCUCUGACAUCCAGUCAAAUCGUGAGCGCCAACGGAGCGGGCCCCGUGUCUGGCAUUGAACCUAUCUCGACCCGGACCUCGCGCGUGGGAAGCACGACCUCUCUUGUGAGCGGGACGGGAACUGCACGUCCUGCAGUUGAGAAGCGACAGACAGGUGCCGAGAACAAGGCUUUUCUUCUGGGCUAUUUGGGCAGAAUCGCUACGCAGGACCAGUGA